GCUCAACAAAACCGUCCGUCCAUUUGCUACAACGAACCAACGCACAAAGGCAGCCGCGCGGACAGAAAAAGGCUGCUAAUAACUCAGACACCUCUCCCCCAACUGUGCAAGCUUUCGCGAUGCAGACGACCUUCAGUUGGGGAACUCCAGGCCCAGUAGGGCUAAAGUGAGCCGAGACAGGCCUCCCUCGUCCAGACAGGGCAAGCUACUCUCUCAGAGAAUCCCCAGGGAACUGAGGCUGACUGCAAUGGAACAAAACAAAGCGAGAUUUCCCCUUGAAGACAACUAUGGAUUUGUUUCAGCAAGUGUUCACUCCUUAGCUGAGCAUCACAAGCCAUCCGUAACUCACUUCCUCUCCAAAUUGUAAACUCUGCAUCCCAGAGCAAGAGAAGCAUCUUGCCAUCUGUCAGCAGCUCCCGAUUUGCAGGUCCAGCCCAAUUUACAUACUAACACAGGGUUCCUUACUCUGCAGAUUCCCUGCUGGCUUCACAAUGUCAGGUUACCUAGAAGACUAUGACAUCAUCACCAAAGAGGACAUUGCAGAGUUUGAAAAUGCUCUUGAGGGAGGCAGAAUGGCGGAAGCAGCCAGCAAGAUUAUGGAGAACCUGCAGGCCUUGGAGAAGGCCUGCCUGGACAUUGCAGUGACGGGGGAGUCUGGGUCCGGCAAGUCCUCCUUUGUCAAUGCCAUUCGGGGUCUGGGAGAUGAAGACAACGGAUCUGCUCUUACCGGGGUGGUGGAGACCACCAAAGUGCCCACUCCUUACUCACAUCCCAGGCACCCUAAUGUGACGGUGUGGGAUCUCCCUGGGAUUGGCACUCCAGAGUUUCAGCCCAGCACUUACCUGGAGCAGGUAAACUUUUCCCGUUAUGACUUCUUUAUUCUCAUUGCCUCAGAGCGCUUCAAGUCGAACCAUGCUCGCCUGGCAUGUGAGAUUCAACGGCUUGGCAAGCACUUCUAUUUUGUGAGAUCCAAAGUGGAUGCAGACCUGGAUGCCAGCAAAAAGCGUCGGCCACGAGCCUACAAUGAGGAGGCGAUACUGACGCAGAUCCGAAAUAAUUGCCAAGAGUGCCUUGUGGCUGAAAAAGUGGUUGCUCCCCAGGUCUUUCUCCUUUCCAGCUGGGAGCUGAACAAAUAUGAUUUCAUGAAGCUAGAGGAGACGUUAGAGAAAGAGCUUCCAAAGCACAAGAGGCACGCGUUCCUCCUGGCCUUGCCUAACAUCUCCUUAGGCAUCCUAGAGAAGAAGAAAAAGACCUUACAGAAACAGGUCUGGAAGCUGGCCACUAUCUCAUGUGUAGUGGCCACUGCGCCCAUCCCGGGCCUCUCUGUUGUCUGCGAUGUCACUAUCUUGAUUAGGUCUCUUUCGGAAUACUGUCAGAACUUUGGUCUGGACAAGGAGUCUCUCACCAAGCUGGCUGAGAAGGUUAAUAAGCCUGUGGAGGAGCUCAAAGAGGUGAUCAGAUCGCCACUGGCCAAAGAGAUCUCCAAGGACCUGGUGGUGAAGAUGCUAACAAAGGCUGCUGGUGGAGCGUUGAUGGUGCUGGAGUACCUGGCCAGCACGAUACCCGUAUUUGGUUCCAUGGCAGCUGGCGGGAUCUCCUACGCAACCACCUAUCACAUGCUCCAGAGCUUCCUAAAUGAGGUAGCAGCAGAUGCUCAAAAUGUUCUCAUUAAGGCCUUUGAGUCCGACAUUUGAAGACGUGGCAGACGCAGAACGAGCGCUCGGUUCUGACUCGCGUACGUUCGCUGCAUUGAAUGGAGAUUUUUUCAUCUGAAGAAGCUCCACAAGGACUUCACCCACUUGACAGGAAAGGAUACCAACAAAGGACAUGGGUGCAUGACAGUAGCUUUUUUAUAACGGUGGCUGUGAAGUGGGAAACAAUCUCCAUUGCAUCUUUUGACAAGUUUCAAAUCAAUUUAAUUGAAGUGCCUAUGAUUCUCUAAACCUAAGAGUGCCCGGCACAAAAAAUGCGGUUCCCAGCAUUCAUCGGAGGAAAGCCAGGACCGUGAAAUCAGAAUGUGGCUGGUUUAGAUUUGUAGUGCAUUUUGCAUGCGCUCAUUGUGGAUUUUGUCCAGGAACUUCGGUGGAACAAGUCUACUAACCUUACUGAAGAGCUGAAAGAUCAGUUUCUGAAUGUGUUUGUAAUGGUCUUUGCCCCACUGAAUGAUUUAUAAACUGAAUUCAUACAAAACA